AGAAUCCCUUGACUUUUGGAACGCUCUUAAUUCUCUCUUUCAUUUAAAAUCUUCCUCACCAAGAAAUUGAUCGUUUGAGCCAAACUCUUACGUCCUUCAACACAUCACAUAACCCUGCACCUUCCUCUGUUCUCAAACAUAUUUAUUCAUCUUUUUCUCCAAAAAAACAAAACAGAGAACAUAGCACCCUCCUCUGUUUUGAAACAGAGAACAAAGAACCAUCGCCAUGCUUGAUCCGAGAACACACCACCUCACCAAUUCUUUCGAAUUGUACGACGCAACACGACACAAACCCCACACAUGGGAUGUUACGAACUCCGGUUUGUGGCCUUCGAAACCGGCUUUGGAGGAGGCAGAGGUAGAUGAUUCCGGGAUUUGUUCACCUCCCAUGAGGACCACGAGCCCCCCACGCCGAAAAAACAACCACCGAAGCCUCUCGCCAACGUCGAGGACGCAAGCCAUAGUGAGAGGGCAGAGGGAGCUCAUGGAAAUGGUGAAGAACAUGCCCGAGUCCAACUACGAGCUCUCCUUGAAGGACCUCGUUGAGCACCACAUGGUUGUUGAUGCUACUAGACAUGAAAAAAACGCGGUGGAAGAGAGAAACUUGAGCAGCGUGUACAACAAGAGAGAAAAAAAUGGUGGUAGUAGAAAGGUUGAUAAUAAUAAUAAUAACAAAAAUAUGGCACAGGUGAAGAGGAACGGGAACAUUGAUCGUGGAGGGUUCUACCUCAAAAUGGGGCUUCCUUUUCCUUUUGGAUCUAAGGACAAGAAGAAGAAGAUAAAGAAGAAAAAUGAGUCCUUGGGGAAUAGUAGUAGUUCGAGAGUUACCCCUAAACCUUCUGAUGGAUCAGCAAAGGGUGGUGUUGUUGAUAAGGAGUGGUGGAAGAAGAGUCCUUUAGCGUGUAAAGAGAGUGAUAGUGGUGAAUCGAGUAUCAAUAGUGACAGUGGGAAGAGUUCUGGUAGCAGUAGUAGCAAUAGCAGCAGUAGCAGGAGUAACAGCAGGCGUGAGAACAGUGGUAGGCGUUGCUGGCCUUUCAUUCGCAGACCCAAAAAUCGAACACAAAAAAGUAAGAUAUCCUUCUGAUGAAACAACACAGUGCUCUGAGAACUACACAUGUUCAUGAUCCUUAGAAGCUUUAUCUUCAUAAACUCCUCACAAGUUUUACCGCGAGUCAUUUGAUUACAACCCAGUAGUACCAUGUAACUUUUUAUGAAUGAUGAAGGCACAUUCAACUAGGAAUCUCGAAGAAAUGUAUUGUGAGGAUGAAAUCUGUAUAAAUGUCACUGUGCUUCAUGUAAUUAAGUUUUUCUAAUUUUCAUACAUGAUAAGGCAUAUACAAGCAUGCCAAAAGAAGGUUUACCAAGUUUCAAUUUUUUAUCUAUACCCUCAGAUAGUCAGAUGAAUAUUUGGAAACUUUUUAUGAUGGCUUGGAUCCCACAGUUGAAGCAGUUGUUACUUCAAGUUAUAGAUUUCCGAGUGAUCUAUGAGCAUGAAUUAACAUGUUA